AUGCAUCCAAAGUUCCACGCUAGCUCCUCCUUCGUCACGUCUAUCUUUUUGCAGUAUCUCGCGAAUGCCGUCCGCGCUUGCUGGGGUGUUAUUGCGUUCGGAUCCGCCCUGGUCCCCGCCCUGUAUCCCAUCUCCUUGCGGUGGCUCCUGUAUGAGUCCCCAUAUGACCAUUUCAUGUUUCUGGUUCUCGAGGUUCUCGAGGUGGAUAUCCUUUGGCCGCGUUGGUGCUACGGUACGUGCUAG